UGCAUGCAUUGGCCGCAGGAUUUAAACAGGAACGCUCAUGAACUGGCUUUAUUUUCACUUUCCUGGAUCUGUUAAUAUGACACAGACAUUUAAAAAGUUAAUGUCAUCUCGGAAAAAUACGAAGAUUUGUCAAGGAGGAUGGAAGUUUUUGUCGCAAGCAGCACUGUUUUAAUAAUGAAAUUGGACCCGACCCGUUAUCCAGCCAAUAUUGUGUAGCUAUGUAACGUAAGCUAGCAUUGUAAGCUAACAACAUUAUUACUUCGUCAAUGCUUAUGGCGGUUUGAUUUGUUUUUCCAAAGUAUCUACCAUAUUAAUCCAUAUUUUAUUUAUUUUAGUCUGUUUGGAUUGUUCGCGUGAACUUUGUGAAAGGAAGCUUUGGUUAGUAACACGCUAACCUAGCUAACUAACGGUAGCUGAUUAUAACUGCAAAUAACGUUAGCUUGUUAACUGGCCAGCUAAAUAGGUCACCUGAGGAAAGCUAUUUAUUGACUACCCCAGCUGAAUAUACAGUCGACCGAAAGAAGGAGCUGGUCGGCUAAAAGAGGGCACCCGGCGAGAUAACUUUUCACUCCGAUAACAAGAUAUCCAGUCCACAUUAACAACCUGUCUCCGCAGUUAUCUGUGGUGAGACUUAGCGUAAGCUAAUAUUACCGGCGGCAGGUUGGUGAUGCUGCUAGCUAGCUAACUUUAGCUAACUAGUUAGCUGCAUAGCUGGUUAAAAACUCGUUUAACUGGUUAAAAAUCGCAGUUAAACUAUAAUUACAGGGAAUUAAUAAUUCAGGCCCUACUUAUUUUCAUUCGACUGGCCAGGAGUUUCCGUCAUGGUUAUUUACAGUAGCAUGUUUUGCCAGCAUUAGUUGGACAACCAACUCGGACCUCGACUCGGACGCGAAUCAAACGAAGUUGUUUAGUUAGUUAGUUAGCUAGCUAGCUAAGAUAGCAAAGAUGGCUAGCUAGCUUUCGGGCCGGAGUGUAGUUUAAGCUAACUUUUUUUUUUUGGUCAAUAUAUUCUCUUGAUAAUUAACAUACAUUGUAUAUAAAGGAAUUUCUCUCUCUCACUCCCAAUGUUGGGAAGGAAGCAACCGAGUGAGGAAAAUGCCUACCGCUCUGGGCUCUGCAAUAGCGCUAUGAAUGCUCUCUAAAACGAUGUAUGCUAACUAGAAAGGAAACCUCCGCAGGAAACUUGAAUUCAAGGAUACUCGGGACUUCUUGAUCUACCUAACUAGAUGCUUUUGCUUAGGUUUGGCAUCCAGACCAUUUUUCUUUUGGGAUAGACGUUCUGCCUUUUGUCUGCAACUAAAGGCAAACAUGGGUGAAACCAAUCUGAACGAUUCUAACGUAAAGGUUGCUGUCAGGGUUCGCCCUAUGAACCGUCGAGAAAAGGAGCUGAACACAAGAUGUGUCAUAGAAAUGGAGGGGAACCAGACCUUCCUGCACCCAACCAGUGGAAACCUGGGGAAGGCAGAUUCAAGCAGAAAUCAGCCCAAGGUUUUUGCCUAUGACUACUGUUUCUGGUCCAUGGAUGAAUCAGAAAAGGAGAAAUUUGCAGGUCAAGAUGUAGUGUUCCAGAGCCUUGGGGAGAGUCUUUUGCACAAUGCGUUUCAGGGUUACAACGCCUGCAUUUUUGCAUACGGGCAGACCGGCUCUGGGAAGUCAUAUACCAUGAUGGGUACAGUGGACCAGCCAGGCUUGAUUCCACGGCUUUGCAGCUCGCUGUUUGAGCGCACUGUGCAACAGCAGAGAGAGGAGGAGAGCUUCACUGUGGAGGUCUCCUACAUGGAGAUCUACAAUGAGAAAGUUCGUGACCUUCUAGACCCCAAAGGGAGUCGGCAGGCUCUGAAAGUUAGAGAACACAAAGUACUGGGACCAUAUGUAGAUGGACUCUCCCGUCUAGCUGUGGCUAAUUACAAGGACAUUGAGUCAUUGAUGUCUGAGGGGAACAAAUCUCGUACAGUGGCUGCCACCAACAUGAAUGAGGAGAGCAGUCGCUCACAUGCCGUUUUCAACAUCAUCCUCACACACACGCUAAAAGAUCUGCAGUCUGGGGUCAGUGGGGAGAAGGUGAGCAAGCUGAGUCUGGUGGAUCUGGCUGGCAGUGAGAGAGCAGCCAAGACCGGCGCCGCUGGCGAGAGGCUGAAGGAAGGCAGCAACAUAAACAAGUCUCUAACCACUCUGGGGCUGGUGAUCUCAGCGCUGGCUGACCAGGGUGCAGGCAAGAACAAGAGCAAGUUUGUGCCCUACCGAGACUCUGUUCUCACAUGGCUGCUCAAGGACAGUUUAGGAGGGAACAGCCGGACUGCCAUGGUGGCCACAGUGAGUCCAGCUGCCGAUAACUACGACGAGACCCUCUCAACGCUGCGCUAUGCCGACCGGGCGAAGAGCAUCGUCAACCACGCUGUGGUGAACGAGGACCCCAAUGCCAGGAUCAUUCGAGAGCUGAGAGAGGAGGUGGAGAAGCUCCGUGAGCAGCUCACGCAAGCUGAGUCCAUGAAGGCUCCCGAGCUGAAGGAGAGGCUGGAAGAGUCUGAGAAGUUGAUCCAGGAGAUGACAGUCACUUGGGAGGAGAAGCUCAGGAAGACUGAAGAGGUUGCACAGGAAAGGCAGAAGCAGCUGGAGAGUUUGGGCAUCUCACUGCAGUCUUCAGGGAUCCGUGUGGGAGAAGAUAAAUGUUUCUUAGUCAACCUCAAUGCUGACCCCGCCCUCAACGAGCUACUGGUGUACUACUUAAAGGAACACACUAAGGUGGGUUCAGCAGACUCGCAGGACAUUCAGCUGUGUGGGAUGGGCAUUCAGGCAGAGCACUGUGUGAUCAACAUCACCCCCGAGGGAGCGGUUUUCCUCAAUCCCUACAGGAACUCCAGGACGUGUGUAAACGGCUCUCCGGUCACCAGUCAGCAGCAGCUGCAACACGGUGACCGCAUCCUGUGGGGCAACAACCACUUCUUCAGGAUAAACCUCCCAAAGCGGCGGCCUCGGCCCGAGGAUGUGGAGGGAGAAGUGGGGAACAUGAAGAACAGCAGCAGUAGCGAGCAGCUGGAUGCAGACGGGGACACGGCCAGCGAAGUGUCCAGCGAGGUCAGCUUCAGCUACGAGUUCGCACAGACUGAGGUCAUGAUGAAGGCCCUGGGGAGCAAUGACCCCAUGCAGGCCGUGCUGCAGAGCCUGGAGCGGCAGCAUGAGGAGGAGAAGCGCUCGGCUCUGGAGCGCCAGCGGCAGAUGUACGAGCAGGAGCUGCAGCAGCUACGCCGGCGCCUCACGCCGGACAGGCUGAGUGGUCAGGCCCAGCACCACCGCAGCAUGGAGAGGCUCAGCGUGGGCAGCCUGGCCUCCUCCCCAAGCACGCACAGUCGUCUGCGCCAGUGGAGCGAGGAGAGGGAGGCAGUGCUAACACGCAGUUUGCGGAAGCUUCGGGAGCAGAUUGUGAAGGCCAAUCUGCUGGUGCAAGAGGCCAACUUCAUCGCGGAAGACCUGGACAAGAAGACUGAGUACAAGGUCACUCUCCAGAUCCCUGCUGCCAACCUCAACGCCAACAGGAAGCGGGAUGCUGUGCUGAGUGAACCUGCGAUUCAGGUGAGGCGAAAGGGGAAGGGCAAGCAGAUCUGGGCACUGGAGAAGAUGGAGAACAGGCUGGUGGACAUGAGGGAGCUCUAUCAGGAGUGGAAGGACUGCGAGGAAGACAACCCUGUCAUUCGUUCAUACUUUAAGAGAUCAGACCCCUUCUUUGAUGAGCAAGUCAACCACAGUCUGAUCGGAGUGGCUAAUGUCUUCCUCUCCUGCCUGUUCUAUGACGUGAAGCUGCAGUAUGCUGUGCCCAUCAUCAAUCAGAAAGGCGAGGUGGCAGGGCGGCUGCAUGUGGAGGUGGUGCGUGUAGGCGGAGGGGUGGAGGACGGAAUGGCUGGGGAAGAGGACACUGACAGCAACCCCGACGUGGAGGCGCAGGAGCGCAAACUCGUCUGCAUGAUUAAGAUCCUGCAGGCUACAGGUCUUCCCCAGUAUCUGUCCAACUUUGUGUUCUGCCAGUACUCUUUCUGGGAUCAGAGUGAGCCCAUCAUUGUUGCUCCGGAGGUGGACCCCUCUGCCUCCUCUCCCAGCAGCAAAGACCCCCACUGCAUGGUGGUUUUUGACAGCUGUAAGGAGCUGGCGGUGUCUGUGACUGAGGAUUUCAUAGAGUAUCUCACCGAUGGCGCGUUGGCUAUAGAAGUGUAUGGCCACAGGCAGGCUGAUCCAGGCAGGAACCCUGCCCUGUGGGACCUCAGUAUCAUUCAGGCCAAGACUCGCACCCUGCGCGACAGGUGGAGUGAGGUGACAAGAAAGAUAGAGAUGUGGGUGCAGAUCUUGGAGCUAAAUGAGAAUGGAGAGUACAUGCCUGUGGAGGUGGUGCCAGCAGCAGAUGUUCGCACAGGAGGCAUUUUCCAGCUUAAACAGGGUCAGUCUCGGCGUAUACAGGUGGAUGUACGUUCGGUGCAGGACUCGGGCACUAUGCCUCUUAUAGCUGAGAUCAUCCUGGGAGUGUCCAUCGGGUGUGUGGAGAUCAGACAAGCUCGCCCAACUAAAGCCAGCGGCUCACACAAGUUGGAAGGAGAUGAAAUGGACAGCUAUCAGGAGCGUGACUUGGAGCGACUGAGGGCACAGUGGCUGGCUGCUCUUACUAAGAGACAGGAGUACCUGGACGAGCAUCUGCAGUCCCUGGUUGGCAAAACGGAUAAGUCGGAGGAUGACGUGGAGCGCGAGGCUCAGCUGCUGGAGUGCCGACUCACUCUCACUGAGGAGAGGAAUGCAGUAAUGGUGCCCUCUGCUGGUAGUGGCAUCCCAGGAGCUCCUGCCGAAUGGGUACCGGUGCCUGGGAUGGAAACUCACAUUCCAGUCCUCUUCCUUGACCUGAGUGCUGAUGAUUUUAGCUCUCAGGAAAAUCUGGAGACCCCAGAAGCUGGUGGGUGGGAUGCUUCUCUCACCUGUGAGGAUGAUGACGACUACUUUGACCUGCAGAUUGUCAGACACUACGAUGGCGAGGUGAAGGCGGAGGCAUCCUGGGACUCUACGGUCCACGAUUGCCCUCAGCUGAGUCGAGGAGGUGCCCAAGAUCAGAGGGUCUACCUGAUCGUGCGAACCAUGGUGCAGCUCAGCCACCCGGCAGAGAUGCAGCUGGUAUUGCGCAAGCGCAUCUGCGUGAAUAUCGCUGGCCGACAGGGUUUUGCCCAAAACUUCCUAAGGAGAAUGUCCACGCGUACCAUGUCUCUCCCUGGCUGUGGGGUGACCUUUGAGGUUGUGUCCAAUAUCCCAGGGGAUGCUCAGACGUCGGAGGACAGGGAGAUGCUAGCUCGCAUGGCUGCCAGCACCGAGGACCCCAAGUCCUCAGAUAACGAGGCAGCCAUAGAGAAAUAUCUGCGCAGCGUUCUGGCCGUGGAGAACAUCCUCACCCUGGACCGCCUGCGGCAGGAAGUGGCAGUGAAGGAGCACCUGGCAGGCAAAGCAAAGGGGAGCAGGCGGAGUCUGAGCUCUCCCAGUGUGCACAGAUUAUCCGGGAGCAGACAGGAUCUGUCUCUAAAUUCAGGCCUGGAGGACAACAAGAAUCAAUGGGACAGUCAGCAGGACAUCUCCAUGAUGGCUCCACAGUUAAGCCGCACACUGCCUCGUCCCUCCAGGGAGUCAACACCACCGCCGCCGCUGCCAGCACACACUCAGACCCUGGAACCAGAGCAAGUCAGGGCCCUGGUCCCCCAGAUGCCCAAGCUGCUCAAGUCUCUGUUCCCUGCGCGCGAGGACAAGAAAGACCUGCGUCCCUCUCCUCACUCUCAGCAGGCUAUACCACGUAUAAUGCAAACAAGCAGCAGUCCUGAUGAAAGCAGAGCUCGGGAAGAGCCAAUACUAAUACUAGGGAAGAGCCCAGCCUCCGAGAAGCGUUCCAGUCUGGACACCAUGACUUAUUCCACACACGAUUCUCAUGACCUGGCCUUCAGCCCCAUCAGCGAGGCUUCCAGUGGCUAUUUCUCCACCAGCGUCUCCACGGCCACCUUAUCUGAUGUCUCUGCUGCCAGUAGGGACCUUUCCCCCAGCAUGCACGUGGACCUGGCUAACCACGGCGCAGACAUGGACCCGGCCAAACGUGCUGCGGGUGCAGAUGUGGACCCGGCCCAACGCGGAGCAGACAUCGACCCAGCCAAACAUGGCGCGGGAGUGGGCACAGACUCGGCCGAGCGCAGUGCGGGAGCGGACAAGGCUGAGCGUGGAGCAGGUGUGUCCGGGUGUGAAGCACGAGCAGACGUGGACCAGGCCGAGCAUGGUGUGGGAGAGGAUGUGGACAAGGCUAAGUGCAGAGUGAACAUGGACCUGGCCAAGAAUGGAAUGGGAGCGGACGUGGGCAAGGCUGAGUGUGAACUGGGAGCGGACACAAACAGACGGUCCUCAGACGGUCCUCCUGCAGAAGCUGAGCUGAAGCGUGACUCCGCUGAUCUGCCUCAGAAGAAGCAUCCUGAGCAGACCGUUCCUCUCAAAGACCCCCUGGCUGCGCCUAGGAACGGGGUCACCCCCUCUUGUUCCGAAGUAAAACUGACAUCCAUUCCUCCCUUAGUACCUAAAGCUGCUAUUGAUAACCCUUUCUCCCUCCAGAGGGUCAAAACCUCAGAGCUGAAGUCCUUCAAUCGCAUUCUGCGUAAGGAUGAGGAGACGCGAGGAGCAAAAGUGACUGCUGGACAUGCUCAGAAGGCAGAGCCCAUAGAGAAACUGGGCAGCGUAUCUAACAAGGAUGUGAGCAAGGAGCCCAGCCUCCCUGCCUGGCUGAGAGUAGGGGAGACUGUCUUGGUGGCCAACAGUAAAUGUGGCACUGUGCGCUACGUCGGACACACCGACUUCUCAGAUGGCGUGUGGGUUGGGGUAGAGCUCAACACUCCUGCAGGAAAGAACGAUGGCUCAGUAGCAGGUCGUCAGUACUUCAACUGUAAGCCCAAUUAUGGCAUGCUGGUGCGUCCAGAUCGCGUGAGUCAGAGAGAGGGAUCCAAACAGCCUAGGGAGCAGCAGCACAGCGGUGAGCUCCCUCUGCCGACCAGACUCCCCCAGGACAGAGGGGUUUCGGCCACGGCCGUUCAGAAAGGAGAGAACGGCAAGUCCUGGAGCAGCUAAGCAACAUCAUCCCAGUCCAGGGGAAGUCUCUGCUGAGGAGGGUCCUCUGUCCCGUGUCUGCUCACAUUCCAGUCCUGGAGCUCAGUUCUGCGAGGAGGUGUCCCAUUUCUCUCCUGCACUCUUCAGAGGCGCAGCACCAACUCAAGUGCACUCACGGUGUGGAGGAACCAGUAAAGGAACCGAAUAUUGAACACACUGCGCAGAUGGGUCGCCUGUAGAUAGAAGACCUCUAAUCAAGUUCUGCGCACUCUGACCCAAUAAGGUUUCCUUUUCUUUGGAGUCCAUCGUUCUUGUCCUGCCCUGAUUCUAUCAAGACUCCUUUUGUAGGCUCAUGUUUUUAGGUGAUUAUGCAUGAUCUUCACUGUUUGGUCAAAAAAAAAAAAAAACAGUAGUAGUAAUAAUGUGCUGAGUUUCCAGAACGUGCCUUGGUAAAUCGGGUUUUAUUUUCCUAUAUUGGUGUAGACAUUCUCCAUUCCUACAUAACACUAGUGAGAAUGCCUUUGUCAUUGCCAGGUUACCUCAGGGAUUGGUCAGAGAUAUUGGUGCUGCUUAUUGGAAGUGUGGAAUGGGAUUUGCACCCUGAGGUGUCACUACCAUGGUUUCAUGCAUGUAGUAUAAUUAUUCCAUUCAUGAAAGUGGUUGGUUUUGUUCUUGUUUUGUCAGUAUGCAAAGUUAAGGUGGAUGUGUAUGUGGGACCAGAAAGUUACUGCUAUAUUGGUGGGAAGUGCUAUAAUUAGUGGAUCAGUGAGAGGAGAAAAGAUGGAAUUUUAGAAUGGCUUUGGCAGAAUGCAUGUUGAGUUGUCAGGGAUGUUGUGUUGGGACCCUGAGUAUAUGAUUAAAGUCUGAGCAAGUGUUACUGCUGCACAGGCUAUUACAGGUAACUGGAACACUGAGUACUUUGUCAUGGAGGUAAUUUUUAACAAGAUUACGGUGUGAAACCCUAGAUUGCAGACUAGCUUGGCUCUGCAUUCUUGCAAUGGUUUUGAAGCUGCCUUGGAAUUCGACCUGUUUUAAAGGUACAUUUGUAACGGUGAUAGCCAUGUGGUUUGGGUUGGCACAUAUCAGCUGAAGGUAUUCUGAAGGUCUGCAGUUGGUAUAAACUGUAGCUAAUGAACGGUUACUGGCAAGUGGCAUACACCAGUGGGGCAAUUCUACUGAAGGGGAGUCUUCCAUAGUCUUUCUAUUCCAAUAUAUCAAUGUGGCAAGGACGCUAGCUACAUAAGAGUGCAUGGACCAAUUCCUGGUAAAACCUAAAGCUACAUUUCAGUUGUUUGCACUGAGCAAAUAAGUUAAAUGAAAGUAAUUCCUUGCAAUAUAGUCAGCAUUUUGCAGCACUGUGCAAUUGAUGUGCAUAAUUUGAUUUAUAUGAAGGAGUGGGCUUCUGCAUGAUUUGCUAAUGUUUUUGCGUCAGAGCGGACAAGAAAGAUGGGUUAUACCAUAGUCACUUUUAUCCUUAGAUUUAUCAUGCGAUUUCUUAAAACUAAUGCAAUGUAAAAAGAUCAAAAUCUAUUUUAUUGAUAUUAGGUAGGUAGAAUUUCGUAAAAUUAAAAAAACCUUGAAUUGCACAUUUGAUUUUAUAUUAUAUACAUGCCCACCCAGUGGGUAGUUCUAAUCUAACCAUGGAGCUCUGCAUUUUGUAAGUUUUGGUGCUGAAGUAAUAAGCCAUUGCAUUCACCAUUUUAGCUGACAAUACUUCUUCUUUUUUUUUCCCCCUCCAUGAAAGGAUAACAUUCUAAAAAGUACUAUUUAUUGUUCUGAGUUUUCAUUUCAUAAUCCCAGUCUUCUAUUAAAAGAACUGUCAUUUUGUUCUAUAAAAGUUUUAGUGAGAGAGUGCGUGUGUGCAUGUGUGCACGUAAGUGUGUGUGCGUGUGUUUUUCAUUAGACAUUGCUUCUUCCUUUUAUUGCACAAAGAUGCUUCUAAAGCUAGCCUCCAUCCUGAAGUGCAUCUUAAUUUGUGCAUCAAGAAAUACAAACAUGCGCACAAGUAGCAUCACCUAACUGCUGCUUCCAUUAGACUGGUGUGUGCAGAAGUCGGUCAAGGGAGACAAACUAUUCUUAAAGAUGAUUUGCAAAUUCUGGCUCUCAUCCAUGGCUCUCACUGUACACUGGGGACAUUUUGGGAUCAUUAGCCGUCUAACCCAACUUUUACUCUAUGCGAUGCGGCUAUCUUUGGGAAUACGGACAGUCAUCUUGAAGGCUGGCUACACAAGCGUCAAAGGUUCAAGGCCUCCCUGAAUUUUACAGACUAUUUUGAGAAAGGGAAGGAAACCUUAGUCAUAGACCUUGAGGGUUUUCACUCCCCUUAUAGGAACACCAUUGACCAGGAUGGGUCUUACUAAGGCAAUAUACUAUAUUUUGCUGGCCUAACUUGUUUUAGGUUUUCAAGUGCAAUUUACCACUUAUUGUCUUUUUUUUUUUUUUUUUACCGAUUUACUCUUACCCAGUGAUCACGCUUCACAACCAUGCAUCGAUUCAAGGGCUCACUUCAUAUUUAGAAUGUGUGUUGAUUGACAGAGCAAUGAUCAUAAGUUGUGGAGCUAUUGAUAUUUCUAUGUGGCCUGCAAGAUUUCUCGACGCGAUGCAGACCCAGAGAAAUAUUAAACUGACCAUAAAGUGGCCUUUUGGCUCCAGCCCAUCUGGUUCGAAGACGGCUGGCUUGCUACCAACACUGAUCAAAGUGCUCUCCAUUUCAUAAAUCGGCCCCACGGGGACUGCAGUGGAGAGAGCACGGCAGCAGAGCAAGGCAGGGUUGGGCUGACUCUGUUUACACAGAUGUGUGACGACGCUCCUCGCAGAGAUCCACUGCCCUGGCUCGCCGUCUGGCAGGCUCUUCUACGGUGCUGUUGGGUUCUGACACUGCGCUGUGCCUCAUCUUGGGAGUUAAGUGAUUAUUCUCAUAAAUCAUCUCCUCGUUUGUUGAUUGCGAUUGUGUGGGUGUUUGUGUGAGUACACGUUCCUGUGUCUGUAUAUAGAUGCAUUUGGAAACAUUCUGAAAGUUUGGGAUUAAUUUAAUUAUUUGUAAUCUAUGCUGAUAUCCAAAGAAUAAUCAUGUAUAAUUCAUUUAUAAUUUCUUUUAUAUUGACUGUGCAACUGUCCCUGUAAAGGAAAAAUAAAAAGUGAACUUAUUUACCA